AUGUGGAACUGCCUGAGGCAUUCUCAUCAGAGUUGCGUGAUCUCCUUGAAGGUCUUCUGCAAAGAGAUGUUGACAAGCGCCUUGGCUGCAAAGGGAAAGGGUAAGUGCUUAAGGGAGAGUAGUAUCACCACAGAAGAAGUUCUACUGGCUAUGUUUUUGUCUGAAGAAUGGGAAGUCAGGUCUGAGGAGGUGAAGGGUCAUGGGUUUUUCAGGAUGAUUGAUUGGCAGAUUGUCUACAAUCAGAAAUACCCUCCUCCUCUUAUUCCUCCAAGAGGAGAAGUCAAUGCAGCUGAUGCCUUUGAUAUUGGAUCUUUUGAUGAGGAGGAUACCAAAGGCAUUAAGCUGACAGAUGCAGAUCAGGAAUUAUACAAGAAUUUUCCUCUGGUCAUCUCGGAGAGGUGGCAAGCUGAAGUAGCUGAGACGGUGUUUGAUACUAUCAAUCAAGAGAAUGACCGCUUGGAACAGAAAAAGCGGUCUAAGCACAAAUUUCGUUUUGACAGGGAAGAAAAAGAUUCAGACUGUAUCCUGCAUGGAUACAUCAAGAAGCUUGGAGGACCUUUUGCAUCCGCCUGGCAAACUCGCUAUGCAAAGCUCUACCCAAAUCGGCUGGAAUUGCAUACAGAAGGUUCAGGGAAGCCAGAACUUAUCUUCCUGGAUCAUAUAGAUGAUGUCAAUUCAGAUCUCAUCCAGGUGAAGGGAGAGCAGUGCAUUGUGAUCCGAACUCGUGAUGGCAAAAUCAUCCUCACCAACCCUGAUGAGAUCGGGUUGAAGGAGUGGUCUGUGUCACUGAAAUCAGCUCACAAGUGUUCCCUUGAACUCAUGAGCUCCAUGGCUCCAAAAGCAGGGAAAAUUUAUGGGACUGAGAUUGAAGCCAACAAUAAGACUGGCUUUGUGUCCACACCACGCAACUCCAAUGGGAAUUAGAACAUUUGAGUGUUCUGUUUAUGCUCUCCAUCAUGACUGAGAGAGCUUUGCUGGUGCCAUAUCGUUUCAUCUCCUGCAGCAAUUGUUAGUGUCUUUUUUUUCUACCAUAUCUGUUUUUAGCCUAAAAUGAAAGUACUCUCUCUGUUUCUUAUCCCAAUAUGAUGCUCUGUGAUUCACUGUGGGUCAAAGUGAGCCUUUGGUCUGGUAUAGUGAGGCAUUCCUCAGCACCAAUGGAGUACUUGAUUACAAUAUCGUUUGUUCACUGCAGGCCCAGUUUCCUCACUGCAUCCAUGUUAGCAUUCCUCUUGCUUUCAUCCUUUCACCUCCCUUUUUGUUUCCAUACAAUCCCAGUGACUAUUCAUGCUUUCUUUUCAAGACAUUCUUGCUCAAAAUAAAUGUUUAUCGUCAAUGAUUUCUCCAUCUACUGAUGGUCCAUUCAUUUUUAUUUGGUGCCCUGGAGGUAUUAUCUUUAUGGCAAUCUGAAAUGGGGAUCAGUAAUGCCACAUUUUUGUUCACUCCAGCUCACAUUUACAUUUCUUUGUAUGUUUUUUGGAGGGAUGUUGCCUCAGGCAACUCUUUAACACAUUGACUGCCAUGAGGCACACCAUUGUGCCUCACUGAGUAGGAAAGUCACCGGCCAAUAUUGCCAUGGUGGUCAAUGUGUUAAAUUAUCACUGACUCCAUAGUUAAUAAGAGAGUGAGCUGUCAGUGAAGACAUUGAAAUCCAUGACAGAUUCAUUGCUUAAUUUCUUCUGUCAAGAUAUGUUUAAAAUAAUGAAUAUAUAAUGGGCAUUUUCGGAAAGCAAGACUCUUGUGACCUGAAUGUUUGUGAGACUCUUCAGGAUAUUUCAAAUGCAAAAAGAGAAUGUGGCUCCAGUGUUGGUCGGUGUGGAAAAAAGAACAUUCCUCAAAUUGGGGUCUUGGAAUGGGAGUGCAUAAUAGACUUUCAAAUGUGUGGUUGGCCUGUUGUUUCUGCUUGGGGCAUUCAGAUUAUUUUUUUGUUCACUCAAUCCCAUAUUUGUAUACUUGAAAUAUACUUUCAUUUUUCACCUUGUCAUCAAUGAAGGAAGCCAUUGAAACAGUAGAACUAAGAGCUUUUUAUUUCCUCCAGUUCCUUCAAUAAUAUUUUUGAUGCUAGAAAUGUUGCCAAAUGCCCUGGAUAUGGUAGAACAUAACUAGAGUCUCACUUUCCGAAAGAACUGUUGAGCUGUGCCUUCAACAGCACUCUUGAUUGAACUUGCUUUUUACCUUCGCUCUGGAAAGGAAAUUGAGACUGUUCCCUAUAAUGGGCCACCAGUGGGAUCAUGUACUUCUUUCUGUUGACAAACCCAUUUGUUCCAAGUAAUUUUUGCUUUUGAAAACUUUCUUGGCAAAAAAGAAAAAUCAAACAAGUUAAAUGAGGACUACCUUUUAUUUCAGCUGAGAGAAGUCCUGAUUACCCCUAUCUAGACUGGUAUACUGAAAAAUACACUUUUUAAGGACUCUUUUAUGGUGCUAUUAACAUUUUUUUCUGUAUUCAUGGGCCAGGUUUAUCUUUGUUCAUAUUAAUUUGGCAGGUGAACAUGACUGCACUCAGGAGUCAUUUACUUGUUAUGUAUUUACAAGCAAAAUGAGGUGGAAAUGCAGUUGUGUAAGUCUUUGAACUUCCCCCUCCACUUCUAGUUAGUAGAUAUUGUCAUGUCUGGAACAGUAAGAGCUUAAUCAGGUUCAUUUUUCUCCCUUUUGUCUGCUUUUUUGCUUGACUAUAGGUAUAUAGAGAAUGUUUCAUGUGAUUUUGUAAUGCCCCUGUGAUUUGGUUUUCUCUGUAAACUUUUCAAGUUCACUUUUCUGGAUGAGAUUUUAUUCAGUUCUGUUUGGUUCCUGCCUUUAUAAAAUGCAGAAAGUGUGAUCCUCUCUCCCCUACUCAUAUUGAAAAUCCGUUUCUGCUUUUAUAUAUUUCCAAUUUGUGAUGGUCCUGUGAACAGCAGUGAGUGUAACACACAAGUUUUUUAAUAUAGGGAUGAACUUAGUGUUUGUAUUUCUCCUUGGUUUCCUUUUUACUUUUAUUUCGAUUUUCCUUGGAUGCAGGCUGGAAAUUGGUAGAACCUGAGCAUCUGUUACUGUACCACAUCAGAGAAUUUAACCUGAACUGGAGUUUUCAUCAUUUUUCAAAAGACAAAUUGUUCAUAGCCUGAACAGCUGGCGUCAAAUCUAUCGGAUACAUUUUUUCAUCCACUCAAUCCCAGUUCCCACGAUCAAAACUUCCAUAAUAGAGGUUUCAUAUUCCUAUUCCUUUGCACCGAAGAUAUCAAGAGAUUGUGUUUCUCUUAGCAUUAUUGUCAUGAUGAUUCAUGCCAGGGGAGAUGAACUAUCGCUUGUCCAUGUUAUGUGUUUAUUGUGUACGAAUCUCACAAUAGUUCUAGUUUUCCUUUCAUGACCAGUGAUUCAAGUUCAUAGUUGAAGGUUUCCAAUUUUCAAGCUCAACCCUUCUUCACUUUCAUAUGUAUUUUUCUGAAUCUGUCAAUUGGAGGAUGACAUUUAAUAACAUCGUAAAGCAUGAUGUUGCCACAAAGAAAGAGAGUAUGAUAAGAAUUUUGUGAGAAGUAUUGUGUGUCUGCAUUUCUACUGAAGUGAAAAUAAAGUAUUCCUUGAAGGAUUAUGUACAAGAUCUGAUAUGAAUCAGU